AUGAGCUGGGAUUCAUAUAUCGAUAAUUUGAUUGGAAACAGCAAAAGUGCUGAUGGUACUGCUCACAUUGAUAAAGCAUGCAUUUUUGGAAAAGAUGGAGCCCCAUACACAACAGAUGGCCAUACUGGUUCUCUAGUAGCAUCUGCUGCUGAAAAAGCUAAAAUUUUUAAUGAAUUGAAUAAAGGUGACCAAUGUGAAUUUGGGGCAACAGGAAUCGUUCUUGGUGGAACCAAAUACCAGUUCCUUCGCAUAGAUUCAGAUUCUCGUCUUGCGCUAGGAAAGAAAAAGGGUAGUGGUUCUAUUACAGUGCAGGGAACAAGCGCAACAGGGCUAGUUAUAGUGGCUCACUGCCCUGAAGGUGCACAACAUGGCAACUGCAAUGAUGCUGUCCAGAAAGUUAUCACAUACUUGGCAGGCAGUGGCUACUAA